UUAUAUAUAUCCAUCCAAAAGUUGAACAAAUUCCUUCCAUCCAACACAAGAGCAUUACAUUAACUAGUUAAUCAUGUAUAAAACAGUAGCAGGCUCUACCGACUGCCAACCAACACCUCCUCCGCCACCGCAACCUCCCGUCGAAUGGUCCACCGGGCUAUAUGAUUGCUUCUCUGACUACAACAAUUGUUGCCUAACGUACCGGUGUCCAUGUAUAACAUUUGGUCGAAUUGCAGAGAUUGUUGACAAGGGAUCCACUUCUUGUGGUGCUAGUGGUUUCUACUUUGUUCUACUUGGGGGCUUAUACUCAGCCAACUACCGGACAAAGAUAAGAUCUCAGUACAAUUUGAAAGGAAAUAAUUGGUUGGAUUGCUUGACUCAUUGCUUCUGCAAUAAAUGCGCAUUGUGCCAAGAGUACCGUGAGCUUGAAAAACAAGGAUUUAACAUGAAGAUCAGUAUAAUGGUGGCAUGGAAAUGUUGAGCAACAGACAAUAGGAGUAGCCAUGACUUCAACCGCUCCAACAGUGGAACAGGGCAUGACCCGUUGAAAUGAGGAUGUGUGCAUGCAUGCAUGUGAUGAAGUUCUUAAUUCAUACAAGUUUGUUGUGUUUUUUUUUUGUUUUUGUUUGAGAACAAGCAAAUUAUAUUAAUAGAAAAGAUAAAUCAUGAGAACAAUUCUCUCAUGUGGAUUGGUUAAUAAAGACUAUAAAAGAUACAACAUGGAUCCCGAUCAUGAGAACAAUCCUCACAAGUUUGUUGU